AGAGAGAGAGAGAGAGAGAGGGAGAGGGAGAGGGAGAGUGGGCUGGUCUGACCGUGUUUUCCGGAAGAGAGGGUGUGAAACAUGGGACGCAUCUCAGGUCGGCGGCUGAUCCUGAUCCUGCCACACACCUAAACCGCAGAGCCCUCGUGCCGGUCUCUCCGCCUGCCAGACAGCGCGCGGCGUCCAGGCGGGACAUCCCCUCCGGAUCAUCCGCCCGCCCGGAGACGCGUCCCGGCGCGCGGACGCGCUCCUCCGUCCAGGCUCUGCUGAGACCCCGGGUUUUGGCCGCGCAGGCUGGCCCUGGUCACGUUGAUGCUGGUGGCCGCUCCACGGUCCUCCCCCCGCCGCCAUCUGCUCCGACGCCGCUCCCGCCUCCCCCAGCCGCCAUGGCCAUGAGCACCGACCCCGGCUGCGAGGCGCUGGACCCCAACUCCUCCGUGCAGACCAGCAGUCUGACGGACAUCAUGGCCGCCAUGACGACGAAGGACUCGGACGCCAACGGCCUGCGGAGCGGCGGGGCGCAGGCCAGGAGGACGCAGCCGUGCCGGCCUCAUCUGACCGGGAGGAAGCUGUCGCUGCAGGAGAGGGGCACGUACUUGUCGUCGGGCCCCGGUGGAGGCUACACACACAUCUCGCCUCGUGUGGCCCGCAGGCCCACGGUGGAGUGUAAACGUGUUUCCAUAUCAGACUCCCAGGACUGCAUCCAGUUGAACCAGUACAAGCUGAAGAGUGAGAUCGGGAAAGGCUCGUACGGCGUGGUGAAACUCGCCUACAACGAGGACGACGACAAGCAUUACGCCAUGAAGUUGGUGUCUAAGAAGAGGUUAAUGAAGCAGUGUGGCUUUCCACGUCGUCCACCUCCGAGGGGACCAAAGGCAGCUCAAGGAGAGCAACCCAAAAUCCUAGGGCCCCUGGAGCGGGUCUACCAGGAGAUAGCCAUCCUCAAAAAACUGGACCACAUCAACAUUGUCAAGCUGGUGGAGGUGCUGGACGACCCGUCGGAGGACAACCUUCACAUGGUUUUCGAGCUGAUGCGUAAAGGUCCGGUGAUGGAAGUGCCCACAGACAAGCCUUUUUCAGAAGAGCAGGCGCGCUUGUAUUUCAGAGACGUCAUCCUCGGCAUUGAGUACCUGCAUUACCAGAAGAUCGUGCACCGGGACAUCAAACCCUCCAACCUGCUGCUGGGCGACGACGGUCACGUGAAGAUCGCAGACUUCGGAGUCAGCAACCAGUUUGAGGGGAACGACGCCCUGCUGUCCGGCACGGCCGGCACCCCGGCCUUCAUGGCUCCGGAGACCCUGUCGGACAAGCGCAAGAGCUUCAGCGGGAAAGCUCUGGACGUUUGGGCCAUGGGAGUCACCCUGUACUGCUUCGUCUUUGGAAAGUGCCCGUUUAUUGAUGAGUACAUACUGGCUUUGCACAAUAAGAUACGGACCAAACCUGUGGAUUUCCCCGAAACACCAAAGAUCAGUGAAGAGCUGCGGACCCUCAUCCUGCGGAUGUUGGAUAAGAAUCCAGACACCAGGAUCAACAUCCCGGAGAUCAAGAUGGACCAGUGGGUGACCCAGGGAGGCACCGACCCGCUGCCUCUGGAGGAGGAGCACUGCUCGGCGGUGGAGGUGACCGAGGAGGACAUCCAGAACUCGGUCAAGUUCGUCCCCAGCCUCUCCGCAGUGAUUUUGGUGAAGGCCAUGCUGAGGAAGCGCUCCUUCAGCAACCCGUUCGAGUGUCCGAGCAGGCGAGAGGAGCGCUCCAUGUCUGCACCCGGCAGCCUGCUCAUGGACUCGUGGCCCCUCCGGCCCUCUUUAAAACUCCACCCCUCACUCAGAAAGGGGAGCACAGGAGACGGCCCCAGAGAAGGAGAGCUGGAGGACCUGCAUGAAGACGAGCCCUCGUCCUGAGACCUCUCGCCGGCUCGCGCCUCUCGUUCCCCCUCCGACCGGCGUCGCAGUGAAAACUUUCCCCCCCUCGCUUCCUCACAGGCUUCUCCUCCCAAACAGCUCCACCGCUCUCCUCACUGGACGGUGUUUAUCUGUUGCUUUGUGCAUGGUGAGUAAUCAGGCCUCAUCUUCAGACUGAACCACCUGCUCCGGUCAUCUGGACAGAAGAACCUCAUCACAGACUCCGGCAUGUGAACCACAGCGAAUCGUCUCCUCGGGGCUUUUAAUUCCUCAUCCGUCCUUUCUAUAUUGUACAGAAAUGCCUCCAGGCAUCUCGCGUGUCAUUGUUUGAAUACCUGUGCCAUUGAUAGUUUUGAUUUCAGCGGAAAAGGUGCAAGUCCUCUUUCUCCCCUGUGCUGCCUUCACCGACCUCCACCAGCAAAGUGAGAAAGGCACGCUGCUCCAUCGCGCCGCGUCGAGUUAUUCCAGUGUCGUCGUGGCUGUUUGUCGCUGCUUCCUCGUCUCCGUCGUCGUGUGUCGCUCAUCUGUGUAUUUCUGUUGCUUUUUUUCACGUGGAUUUGAUGUGAACUCAACGUGGCAGGAUGAGGACAGUCUGAAGUGCUACACAGGAGAAAAACAAUGCAUCGACAUCCUAAUUUAGACCUUUUUAUUAUGCAAUAUCCCCGACUGCAGAGCUGAUCGAAAGCACAACUCUUGCAGAAGAAAUCGAAUCAUCUCCUCGAAAUCUAGGAGAAAGGGAUUUGACACACACCAUCCUGCAGAAAGUGGUACUUUUGCUUUUACAUCAAUGUGGAAAAUACCUGAGAAGGAUCCUGUUUUUAUUUUAUUUAUUCAGGACUCCAGUCACAUUCAGUUGGUUUUAAUGUGAGCAGGGAGCGUUAAAAGUGAACUUUAACAAAGAGAAGGGAACAUUUCACCCUCACUGCUGUAUUUUUUUUAUGUAAA